GGGCGGGUAGCCAAUGGCUGACGACGAGAUCCCGCCUCCUCCUCCGCUCCGUUGCUGGGGCAGCCGCUGUCAAUAGCCCCCGCGCUCUGCCGCGGCGGCCCCUUUAAGCGUCGCUUGGCAACGGCGGGCAGGGGUAAACGGUCGCCCUUAAAAGGUACGCUCACGUGCGGUUGUUAGUUGUUGUAAAAAGCCUUACUCUAAAAAUAGCGUUCGGUAAGAGCUUCAAGAACUUCUCCCCAGUCAAGGCAAAUUGCUUGCUUACCCUCUGGGGACUGGAGAGCUGCCUUCAGGAAUGGGAAGGUUGAACUGGGUAAGGCUACGCACACCGGAGGCACACGCAGAAAUACCAGCGACGGCCUGGGCCUCCUCGGUAGAGGAUUUGGAAACAUAAAUCUCUUUCCCUGGUUGUAGGACUGGCCUAUUUGGACUGCCGUUUCCUCAUCUCCAACCUGGGACUUUUUCAUUUUGAGAUCCGCUGACGAAAGUUACGCUGUUACUGUCACGGCGCCAGAUAAAUUUAACGUUGGCUUUUAAAACCAUACAGCGUAUUAAUUCGCCAAAAGCUGGUAAACUUAGGAGAAAUGCAUACAGUGAAGUCAGCAGCUGCAGAAAGCUUCCCUAAUAAAAUAUUUGCUCCUCACUGAAGCCUCAUCAGUGAACAUGUUUUGAUGUGAUACAAGUAAAUUCUUUUGCUCCUCUCUUUUCCGUGAAAACUGCAAUAUUUGGAUGUGAAAAAGAUGGGUGGAGGAAGAGGAGGGAGGCAAAUUUCUUUUGAAGUUAUUCUUAAGUUCAGCACUUUAAUAAUGUGGGUUGAUGCUUUUGUACCUGUCUGAAGCUGGCUUUCUUGCGCUGUCCCUCUCUCAGAAUAGGUGGAAAAACUGCCUGGAGCGUUAGAGUUGAGCAUUUGUACUCAGGAAGCGUCAUAUGGUGCCCAGUAAAAGCAUGUAGCAGCUUCUGGUCUUAGAAAGCUCCCAAGACUGUGUCCCGUUGAUGACCAGUAAUUGAGCACAGAAAAAUGCAUUCUGAAUGAUAACUACUGCUUGCUGAACUGAACUGCAAAGAUCUCAUGCUUUGGAGAUGAAGAUGAUAAACCCAAGGAAAUAAUCCAGCUGCUGCCAUUGUGGCAACUGAAAGAUCCUUUGUGUCAAAAUGAACAGUCUUUGAGAAAAAUCUGGAAAGCCAUUAAAUCUGAAAAAUGGGAGAAAGAGUAAGGAGCCCAGAUUCUGAACAUGACAGGAAAUCAGAGGGGGAUAAAAAUAGUGACUCCUAUUAUUCAGAUGAAGAUAAUGCAUCUCGUUCAUCUGGCCAGUCGCCAACACUAAGCUAUCCAUCUACAAGCCAAGAAAAAAGAGAUCACAAAACACAAACUUCAAACAGCCUUGUGCACUACCAAGCCACAAAGAAAUUGGGUUCCAAAUAUGCACCAAGCAAAAGAGGGACGCGGUGGGGUUUCCGUUCUCAGAGCCUCACUAGGGAUUCUCCUGCAAAAGAUAUAGAUCUUGUUACAAAAAGAGUUCUUUCAGCUAGGCUGCUGAAAAUCAAUGAGCUCCGAAAUGAACUGACUGAACUCCACAUCAAACUAGAUGAGCUGCAGAAGGAAAACAGGGCACUGAAGAGGCUUCAGCACAGGCAGGAGAAAGCCUUGAAUAAGUUUGAAGAUACGGAAAACGAAAUCUCACAGCUCCUUGCUCGGCACAACAAUGAGAUUAGAAUACUAAGGGAGCGCCUACGAAAAUCUCAAGAGAGAGAACGUGCAACUGAGAGACGGCUGAAAGAUUCGGAAGAUGAACUGUACAGAACAAAAACUGUCUUGCAGAAACUGAAGAAGCUGUCUGCAGAUAAGCACCUUGCCGAAAGAGAUGACCUGGCAAAGAAACUAGCCUAUGCGGAGAGCAGGCUAGAGGACAGUGAAAAAAGAAUUAAGGAUCUGGAAAAAAAUCUUGAAUUGAGUGGUAGCAGUUUUCAACGAGAGUUACAUUCAAAGAAGAAAAAGAUGUAUGAGGCUCAAGAAGAAAAUAGAGUUCUCCAAGAAGAGCUUCAUCAACUAAAUCAGAAGCUGAAGGAAAAAGAAAGAGAACUUGAAGCAAAAAAUAUAUAUGCUAAUCGUAUGUUGAAGCUAUCACCAAGAAAAGACACGGAUAUUAUACAAAGAAAAAGAGCCAACAACCAAAAUAUUAAAAAAGGAGCACAGCUCACAAAAGGUGUACAGACCAGUGGAUACUUCUCACCAGUAGAAUUUCUUCCCGAAUCAGAACUUGUCUGUGGUGACACAGUAAACAAGAAAGAAGGGAUUCUUCCUAAAAUAGAAAAAGAAACUCAAGACAAGGGAUGGAGAGAGCAAGCAGACCUCCUCAGACAAGACCAAGACCAGGAAAGGGAAGAGAAACUGAAACGUUUUCCGGAAAUACAGGCUUUAGAGGAGAGGGGUCUAAAACUUCGUGAUGAGUGGGAAAGGGAAGAAUAUGACAAAAUGAAAAAAGAAAGCAGCUUUUUAUUGGAUAAAGAAGAGAAAACAAAGAUGGAGACAGAAAUCCACAAACCUGAAGUAGAGAGAGAAAGCACUGAAAUGCUGGAAGAGCGGCGAAAAAGAGAGUUCCUGCUUAGUAAAAUGCAAGAAAUUGACAGAGAAACGCAAAAUAUAACAAACAUGAAACCUGCUUCCCAAGCACCACUCAUAAAUACAGCAAGAAAGUCUGAUUCCCUGGAGAAAAAAGAAAAAACUAAUCAAUUCUUUGAGAUUCCUGGGAAGGUUACUAAUGGAUUUCCUGCAGAUGACAGCCAGGAUGAUGCCACAAGAGCACAAGGGCAGAAGCAACGAAAUCCAAGGACUGUAGAUAUAAGUAGUAAGUUAACAUUUGGUAGUUAUGUACCUUCCUUUGGGAAAGGAUCGGGGAGACCGAGUUGGCUUACUCAAAAAAGUGACAACAUGGAAGAAAAUGUUAAGGAAAAUGCAGACUUCAAUAGUAAGAAAGAAAAAAAGUCCAAUUUAAUGGAGCAACUCUUUGGAAGCAGUGCCAGUACCAUUCUUUCUAAAAAUAACGAUACAACACCUUUUGACAUAAAUUGGGACUCUAGUAAUACUCUUCUUGUCGAUAAAAACAGUAAAGUCAAAGAAGACAAUGAGCUUUUUGGUGAAGGAAGAAACCUAAACAGACACCGUUUGCAGCACACUACAAGCAAGCUAGGAGUUAAGACCCUUGGUUCUUUAGAGGAUGAAAUCGAAGAAGUAAUCUUACAAUGAUCAUAUUUUUGUAUGUUUCAUAUGUAAAUACUGAAAAAAUAUUUUCAUGUAAUAUUUAUUAGAUACAGAUUUGAAACAUUUCAGAUAUAUUGUAAAGCCUUAUGAAGGAAUAAUUUACAUAAAUGGGAAUAUGUAUAGAGGAAAGAUGCACUUUGAUAAAACAGCCUAACCUACAUGCAGGAAAUUUCAUCUGAAAUGUAAUAUCCAAAUACAGACCUUGGAGAUCUGGCAGUGACUCUUUUGGCAGAAAGACAGGGAAGGUGUCCUGAGGGACUUUGAUAGAUGAGGUAGGUGCUGGCCGGCUGCUUCAGUCAAUCAGAGAAGAUGCUUUCGCCCCAACUUGGGCUUCAGACCGACUGUCCCUGUUGCCGUGUGGCUCCAUCUGACUCGUGCAGCUGUGGCCUGGGGUCCACGAGGCUCGGUAGCGCAGAGCUGGUCGGGGUGCCGUAGGAAUGGAAGGACUUGCCGAGGCUUACGCUCACUUGCGCCCUUUGCUCACGUUCUCUCUCGCACCCUUUGUGCUCCCUCUCCCUCUUGCUCUCUUGUGCACUCUCUCUCUCACUCCUGCCCUUUGCUUGCUCUCGCCCUCUCUCUCUCGCCAUCGCUCUCUAAAUUUUUGAGACUUACUGAUGUGUAGUGGUAUGUUAAGUAAAUUACACUUCUCACAAGGGAGCAUUAUUAUUUAUUGCAGAAUAAGUUGGCUAAGAAGUCGGCAAGCUUUUACGUGGCAGCCCUGGCAUUCAGGGCAGCUACUAGAUGAGGAUCUCUGGCUAGCCAGCGCAGGAAGUGUUGGGGUUUUUUAACACGUAGGCUCCUCACAGUACACUGCUUUUCAUUUGGAGUACUUCUUUUAGGCGUCAGAUACUUUCUUUUUCAGGCACUUGGAGAGUCUCUUAACUGUGUCACGAGAAGGCAUGUGUAACAUCAGUGUCAUGAAAUGGAUAGAAGAGACGUACCUAGAACAAAGGCUCAGGUAGAAAGAGAAUAUUCUACACUGCAAUCAUGUUAUCUCAGAAGAACAUCAACAGAAAGAAAAUUAACUCAGGAACAGCUGAUCUCUCUUCUGCAUAGGUUUUCUGUAGACCUCACCACCAAGUUUGUCUAACUCUUCUCAUAUAUUCAGGUUAUAUUUAUUACAUAAUGCCAUUUUUUGUAAUUUCUGAAUUUUCUAUGUAAAAUUCCAAUUAUUACUAAGUCAUUUUUUAACAAAAUGGUUUUAUUAAAUGACUUGAGUAAAA